CGUGGCGCAGACGCUGAACAAGGGCGGCGUCAUGUGGGGCGUCCUGUCCACGGAGCCGCUGCUCUUCAGCACGGCGUUCCUGGGCCUGGCGCUGCAUGGUUUCUUCUGCGUCGGUCUCGUGUACAUGAGCUCGUCCAGGAGAGACGCCGUGCGCUUCUUCGCCACACUGGCGUGUCCACUGAGCACUGCUUACGUCACAUCGUCCAGUGGCGUCGCGCUCCCAGUGGCGCUGCGCCUGCUGGAGCAGGACGGCUACGUGGAGCGCGGACCGCUGCGCGUGCUGCUGCCGGCGCUGCUGGUGGUCCUCAGGGCGGGCACCAGCGUCUACAAUAUGGUGGCCCUCCUGUUCGUCGCCCAGCGUAGGCACAGGGACAUCAGCCUCGGGGCCAGAGUGGCCAUGUGCGCAGCCAACGCCUUGUCAAGCCUCGGGAUCGGCAGCAUGCCUGGCGGAACUUCCUUCGGAACCACGUUUCUUCUUCGCCUCGCUGGCCUGCCACCUCAGGACGUCGACUGCGUGGCUGCUCUGGAAGUGCUCCUGGAUCGCUUCGCUUCCAUGCAUAAUCUACUGGCGUGCUGCACCUGCUGUGUUUUUCUCGGGUCUGGACCGUCAUCCUACACACGCCAACGCUGACGCCGCGUUCCCCGGACUUCGCCACCGGACAGCUUGGCAGACUUGCCCGAAGCGAAAUCAAUAAGACCCGAUUUGAGAAAGCGCGAUUAUUCUUUAAAGCUAUCACGUAAAGACCACGGUCUUUAUGCACCCGUACGUUAUUCUCGCCAGUUCUUUUAAUCUGUCAGACCCAAAUGAUAUUUUUGCCGCUUUCCUUUGAGCAUGUUUGGUUUGUAACCGAACACUGAAGGACA